GCAGCACAUUUUAGAAACACAAUUGCUGAAUUAUGUGAUUAAUUCUUUCUUGCAAAACUGCAAUAGUUGUUAAAUGUUCCAAACAAUGUGGGUAUAGAGUUAGGGAUUAGAAAACAUAUUGUAGGUUGUUCUGCUAGGAUAAGAAACUCCCAGCAAAAGAAAAACAGAUUUAACAAACAUCAAAGGACCUAGGGCCUCUACACAAGGCCGGGCUGUCUCACUCUCUGGAAAGGUUGGGAUGUGACAGGCAGGCAUCAAGAUACUCCCCUCUGUCCUCCUUCCAAGCUUAUCUCUAUGCAACGGAGGACAAGCAGAUAUCCAGAAACAAUGACCAAGGGUCAGAAGCUAAUUAAUUAAUUGGAGGUUUACGCUUAGCCAGCGAAGAUUUAUGUUUGUCCAGUGUUUGUAUGUCUAGUGAAGCGUCGAGAAGAUUGUGAACCUAAAGUACUCAGCCAAUGAGGAACUAGGGGAGAAAAAGAUAAGCAGUGGGCAACAGGACAUAAAAAGAUGUAACAUUGUUUUCUGGGUGCUCUCCUGCUUGCAGGAGGCCCGCCAUUGCAGUUGCGAAUAAAAUCUGCUUUAUCAGAGAUACCGUCCUGAAAAAUUAUUUGGAUAUUUCCAACAAUUUGGGUGCUCGUCCGGGAUAAUUAUCGCCUCUCGGGGGUCUCCCCCGCUGCCUUGGACAGGAUAGGUGCAUCGUGCUGAUUUUAGUGCUCCUUUCUGGGUGGUGAGGUGACUCCUUGGGACAGCUGAUAGGAAAUCGAGACUGUUACAUAAAGGACGGGCUCUGUGAAAGCCAACGGGCAGGUAGGCACAGGUGUUGGCCUUUGCUACCCAGUAACUUCUUGCACGGACCAAGGAUCCAAGGGCUGUUAGCACAAACACUGCCUCUGGAAUUUCCGAUUCAUCCAUUCCAGGCUGGGGACUGGGUCCUGAUCCAGACCAGGAAAGAGACAAAGCUGCAGUCGAUUGGGAAGGGCCAUUCCAAGUACUUCUAACAACUGAAACAGCUGCCAGGACUGCUGAGAAGUUUGGACUCACUACACUCGGGUAAAAUCCUCCACUAACCCUGAAGUGUGGGAAGCUGUUGCCGUGGAAGAUCCUCUAAAGAUGAAAAUCAGAAAGAAACUGUAAAAGUUAUCAUAAGCUAAUCUGUAAUUUUUCCUCAAUAGUAUUAGUGGGGAGUUGUUUAGUCUGUAUAGAAUUAAGGUACUCAAAGGGAAUUUCUUUUUUGUGUGUGUGUUCUGUAGCAGGGUAUAUCCUAUUCUUCAUUAUAGUAACGAUUUAGAGAUUUAGGAUUUGACAAUGAUGAUGGGGAGGGACAAAUUAGUAGUUUUGGUCCUGGUAAUAAUCCACUUCAAGGAAUGUCUUAGUCAACUGAUUGCUUGGAAAAAGGAUGACCUACAGAGAGGAUCAGGAGGGUACCCUGUUAAGAUUUGGGUGAAUGUGACAAGAAAAGAAAUGCCUCAGACUGUCACAUUUGAUGCCUGUCAUUUGAUAGCCUGUGGAAGCCUAAGUACUCAACGACAAUUGAGUAAUGAAAAUAAAUACCUAUGUCCUGAACUAGGUAUGAAUAGGGGAUCCCCUUGUAACGGGUGGAAUAAUGUAUGGUGGACAACUAACUACCGAGGCUGGACAUACACACCUGGGAUAUUUGAUGCCUCGUGGGCACGUACAUUGAAAGAUCGAAUUAGUAUGUUUAAAGGGGUUGCCCAACCAGACUGCCAAGCCUUACAAUGUAAUCCAGUGGCAAUAACGAUUAACAAGGCUGACAGUCUUGUUAACAUCACUUUUGGCCUUGGAAUAGACAUUCGUGGAAAAGAUCCAGUAGCCAGAUUCAGGAUAGCUGUAUGGGAUUCAUUCCCUGAUCCUAUUCAGAAUGUCCAAGAUAGGGAAAAGAGAAUAGAAAAUCUCCUUAAAAACCCUGAGGUUGUAACAGUUGCAGAAAUAAAGGAUCUCAGACAAACGUUUGAAACUGAGACAGGGCAUGGGGAUGUGAAUACCUGGGUAGAAUGGAUUAAGUAUACUGUCCAGAGUCUCAACCAUAGCAAUUGCUACGCUUGUGCACCAGGACGGCCUGUAGCCCAGGUGGUACCCUUUCCACUGGGGUGGACCAAGGAUCCCCAGGGGAUGCGAUGCAUGGUUGCCCUGUACCAGGAGAGAACCGCCUGGGGAAACAAAGCCUGUAAAUCACUCUCCUUACUGUUCCCUCCAAUGCCUGAGGUGGAUGCCAAAGUCCCUCCUGCAUUCUCCACAGCCAUAGGUAACCAUACAGCUUGCCUCUCAAGGCAGGGUGUAAGGGCUACCAGGCUUAUAGGGAAUUUCUCCCUAUGCAGUGAGACUUUGAAUGUUACAGAAGAUUCAGCAGGGAACUAUUCGAGAUUGGGAAUCUCUAGAGCAGAUCUCUGGUGGUAUUGUGGCGGGAAAAUCUUACGGUCCACUCUCCCAUCCAAUUGGGGAGGUACCUGUGCGCUUGUUCAACUAGCUAUAUCAUUCACUCUGGCAUUCGAAAGACAGAUGUCACACACACCCAGAAGGAAUAAAAGGGGCUUAGGGGUGUCAUUUGAUGAUGCAAUAUACAUAGAUUCAAUUGCAGUGCCUAGAGAUAUCCCUAAUGAAUUUAAGGUGAGAAACCAAAUUGCUGCAGGGUUCAAGUCACUGUUCUGGUGGGUGACAGCUAACAAAAACAUAGAUUGGAUUAACUACAUCUAUUACAAUCAACAGAGAUUUAUAAUCUACACAAAGCAGACAAAAAAGGGAAUUGUGGAACAAUUGGAUGCUACAAGUAGGAUGGCCUGGGAAAACAGGAUUGCUCUAGAUAUGAUACUAGCUGAAAAAGGGGGUGUAUGUGUAAUGCUGGGCACCCAAUGUUGCACCUUCAUCUCCAGUAACACAGCCCUGAAUGGUACAAUACCUAAAGCACUGCAAGGGCUUACCACUCUUGCUGAUGAAUUGGCAAAAAAUUCAGGAAUAGAUUCUUCUAUCACUGGAUGGUUGGAGUCCUGGUUUGGCAAAUGGAAGGGGAUGAUUGUGCCCAUAUUUACUUCUUUGAUUGUAGUAGCAGGAGUCCUGACGGCCAUAGGUUGCUGUAUUAUCCCCUUUGUGAAGAGACUAGUACAAUGAUUAAUCGAGACAGCACUACUGAAGCAAACAAGAACAGAGCCACCGCUAUACUAGGAUAAAAUGAUGGUAUUAGAAGAAAUGGAGAAUGAAGAAAGUGAGGAAGAAGAUAUCUUUAAAGUUGUACCCUAGAAAAGAAUUGCAGAAAUCAACAUUGUAUAAAAAAAAAGGGGGCAGGGGGGAGGGAAUGUAUUUGCAUUCUGUAACUUAUCCUUAGAAAUAGUUGAUCUAAAAAAGUAGAAAUACUGUAUAUGUAUUUUAGAAACACAGUUGCUGAAUUAUGUGAUUAAUUCUUUCUUGCAAAACUGCAAUAGUUGUUAAAUGUUCCAAACAAUGUGGGUAUAGAGUUAGGGAUUAGAAAACAUAUUGUAGGGUUGUUCUGCUAGGAUAAGAAACUCCCAGCAAAAGAAAAACAGAUUUAACAAACAUCAAAGGACCUAGGGCCUCUACACAAGGCCGGGCUGUCUCACUCUCUGGGAAGGUUGGGAUGUGACAGGCAGGCGUCAAGAUACUCCCCUCUGUCCUCCUUCCAAACUUAUCUCUAUGCAAUGGAGGACAAGCAGAUAUCCAGAAACAAUGACCAAGGGUGAAGUAUGGGUCAGAAGCCAAUUAAUUAAUUGGAGAUUUGCGCUUAGCCAGCGAAGAUUUAUGUUUGUCCAGUGUUUGUAUGUCUAGUGAAGCGUCGAGAAGAUUGUGAACCUAAAGUACUCAGCCAAUGAGGAACUGGGGGAGAAAAAGAUAAGCAGUGGGCAACAGGACAUAAAAAGAUGUAACACUGUUUUCUGGGUGCUCUCCUGCUUGCAGGAGGCCCGCCAUUGCAAUUGCGAAUAAAAUCUGCUUUAACAGA